UCUUCGUUUCUGGGAUACACAGAGAGAGGACGGGAAGAGCAGGUGACGUAGAAAGGAGGGGAAGAGACAGAACCUCGGGGAGGAACCAGCGAGAGGAGCCGUCAGACUUCUAGGGCCUGAUAUGAGGUUGGGGGGUUCCAGGAACGAGGCUGACCCCCAACGCUCUCACAUGUGAAGAGUCGACUCUUUUUGGAGACCCCGGAGCGGAGUUCAAUGUCGCCCCAAGGAUAAUACGUGUCCAGGAGUCUGGGGAAAAAAUGAGUAAAACUUCCUGUCCGACCGUGCGCUGGAAAUAGGCAAAAUGAGUGGACUCUUCCUCGCGAUCUCCUUAUUCUGGGUUUUGCCCGUCAUAUGUCACACGUUGGAUGUUCCCUUACAGUCGGCUCUGCUGAUAAAAGGUGAACCGGUGGGGUUCAGGACGUCAACCCACCGGCACAAAAGAUCCGAGACGCUGAACGGAGCCGUAACCUGCAAAGAAGAUGAAUACAGGGCGAAAAGGGGGAAACACUGCUGCAACAAAUGUCUGGCGGGUUUCAUGUUGGACGCCGAAUGUUCUGCAGAAGGAAUGAAAAGUAAAUGUGAACCUUGUGAAAAGGACUCCUAUAGAAAAAGUCCAAGUUCCUCGAAAUUUUGCGUACCGUGUACGGACUGCCUGACCCAAUUUGGACAAAUUACGUUGCAAUCCUGCACUAGAAUAAAUGAUACCGUAUGUGGAUGUCCUGCUGGUUAUUACAAGUCUAGUAGCGAUCGGAAAUUCACAUGCCUAAAGUGCAGUGAAUGUGAGAAUGGGAAGCCACACUACCAAUGUACAGCCGACCGCAACGCAGUGUGUAUUUGCUACGCCAACUUUUUCCUUGACUCUUACGGAAAUUGUCGCCCAUGUAAAGAGUGUAACCGUACAGAUCACUGUGUGAAUCACUGCCCUCCAGAGCCUGAAGAGAGUAAAAAGCCAAAAGAAUCAAACGCUGUUACGGUUGUCUUAGCCUGUGCAAUGGGCGCCGUUUUCCUGGCUUUGGUGAUUACAGUGGUUGUCACAACGCGUAAGAAGUUGGUCUCCGCUUUCCAGAAGAAGAGUCCACUCCCUACAAUCAACGUACCAGGAAGUGGACAAUUGAGCACUCCUCUGAUGAAGAGCUCCUCUUCAACGGGUAAAUUAGAUUCUCUCCCAGGACACGCUGGUUAUUUUGUAGAAGAAUCUGGACUUCAACAACAAAAUAAUGCUCAAAAUUCUGGCCUUCCAUUACCAGACAUCACAUUACAGACCCAGACACCAAGCUUAAACACCACGCAAGUUCUCUACAAAAUCAUUGAAUGUGUUCCUGUUGGCAGAUGGAGGGAGUUUAUCCGCCGUCUGGGAGUCAGUAACCAUGUCAUUGAAACUUCUGAGCAGGACAACAGACAUUUCAAAGAUGCUCAGUAUGCAAUGCUCUCAUUUUGGGUUGAAAAUGAGGGUACAUCUGCAGCUGCAAGGGACUCACUGUUCAAAGUAUUAAGAGAGAUGAACUUGGGAGGCGUUGUAGAGAAGAUCGAGGAGAGCCUGUGACAGUGCUCUUCAGUGGAUGCUUGGCCUCGUAGGAAUUCUAUACUUGAUGUACUUUUAUAGGACCUUCUAACAACCAGUUGGUUGCGCUCUUUACAGGCCAAAGUUUACAGCUAAAACACGUGUACUUCAACCCAUCUCAUGUUAUACUUGUGGUUGAAACUAUAUUAAAGAGUUUGUCCAGGUGAUAUAAAAAAAAACAUUUUUAAAACAGGCUCAAAUCGUGUGUAAAAUAAUAAGUCACCGGUCCCCUGGCACUCCCAUUUCCUUGUUCCCUGCCAACCUCUACUUCGCAGUGACCCACCUUAGCCACUGUGAUCUUGAGGGGAACCAGUAGGGAGAAGAGAACGUCAGAGGACUGGAAAGUAUCAGGAAUGGGAGCAGUGAGAGAUCAGUCUGAGCCUGCUUUAAAAAAAAUGUCAUCGACCAAACAACACUGUAAGGUCAACAGACUCUUAUAUUCUUAGAUUACAUUGCAGAUUAUCACUGCGAUAUAGCUUGUUCCACCAAGUUCCAGUACACGGCCAGUCCUUUGUAGUUGACCCAUACAUAUAGCUGCCUGGAUAUACUCCUACUGAGGUCCUACAAAGGUGAAAACCAAAGACAAAGAGCAAAAAAGUAUUAAGAACAGCUGAAUGAAGACAUACUGCAUGAAGUCCUCCCACUGCCAGGAUGGAUCUCCCACCUGUUAUGACCAAGCUUGGCCUGAGGUUGACUGAAAUCAACAGCUUCUGCAACCAUAUCCACACUGAUGGCAACCAAUAUUCCUCUGUUCUAUUUUCAGUAUGUGACUAGUUUCUGCCAAGUGUCCAGUCAUUCUGAUUUCCAGUCUCCACACCACAAAACUGUCCGGUAUCACUAAAGACUCCCGAGAACGUGGAUGCAACCGGGCAGGAGUCUUUUCCUACCUUGGAUUUUAACUUCUAAAAGGCUUGCCCCAUUUGACUCAUAACCUUUGUAGGAAUCUCCCAUUUCAGUGUAAAAUAAUUGUUCUAUAUAUUUUUGAAACCAUAGACCUUGUAUAUUUUUGUAUGCAGAUUCUUUUAACGAAAAGACAAAUGUAACAAGUGAUUUUACAUGGGGUGGCCUUUUAAAGAUGGUUAAAAAAUACAAAGAUAAGCUGAACACGUGAUGAACACAUUUUUACUUACCAAAAUUCUGUGCCGUAAUCUGAAAUAACAUACAUUCUAUACUGCAGGUUUUAUCCAAGAUUGCGUUACAUUGAAAGCUUUUAGAGGUUACCAUUUGGUGGGCAAAGGGUGAAACUAGAUAGAGGUUGUCCUAACCUGAUUUUACCAUAAGCAAUCGAAUAACCU